AUGGAGGCAACGCUGUGCGCAGGAAACGCCAGACUCCGAGCUUUUCCCAGCAGAACCACCAACGCCGCCUUGCCUUCGCGCCUCAGCCAAAUCAAACGAGCAAGGCCGCGCCUUAUCUCCAGCGACAAUCGUCGACAGGCCAAUGAGCGGACGGCUACUGAAUCCCAGCCGCCAGUUGAAACGGUCGAGUUGGGCAUCGCCAACAUCCAAUCAAAUCAAAGUUGCAGCGCGAGACCUCCCCGCCCCGCCCGGUCCCACGCUAAUAGGAACAAGGGAGAGACAGGAGCCCGGAUUCGAAGAAAAUGGCCAAUGAAUGCUUGGGCGACUCGGGCUGUGACGGAGGGAGAAAUAAAGACGACUGACAGGAUUUUUGUCCAACCCAAUCCCAGCUCCUGCUCGUAG